UUCUACUUAUACCUACUUACGCAUAUUAGAAUUCCACAAUAGGUAAUGCUUACAAGGAAUUUUAAUAUAAAAGCAGAUAUCUUUAAUAAACUAAAGAAUGGUGUGCAACUACGUAUUCUAUCGUAAAAGUUUGUUAUUUUAUUAGUUUUUAAGUUAUUGAAAUAUUUAAAAAUGUAUAGACUACAGAACUCAUUUUUGCAUACUAAUAAUUUUGUAUUGCGAUCAAAGAUAUGAUUGGUAGUUAAAAUAAUUGUCCUACUUACAUUAAUUAUUUAAAAAUCAUAUAAGAACUCUUUCUUAUAUCACAAUAGUCUAUGGCCGAUUUAAUAUUUCCUUUUUAUCAAUGAAAACGACAUAUUUUAGACAAUGUAGAAAUUAUUUAUAACUUUUACCGGUAUAUUUCUAUACAAGCGCCCCCAAGAGAAACAUUUUGUUUAUAAUUCAAAUCAACUUAAGUACAAUAAUAAUACCUGGUUUAAGAAUACUAAUUUGAUGUAACCUUUUAUAUAAUUUUAUGUAAAUUAUAUUUACCGUUACAAUAAAUAUAGUAUUUCUAUUCUAAUCUUUGUUUUUCUUAUUAAACUAAACUAAUAUAUUAUCAGAUGUUGCAAGCACGUUGCUUAUUUAAUAUUUUAUCACUACGUCUUAUCUCUUACGAAUAUAUUCUCUGUAUGGAAUCAUGCGGGAUAUACAUUAAUUUUAAAAAUUCAAAAUGUUUAAAACUUGUAAUAUUAACAAUAUAGGCAGUUCUAUUAGACACUUAAGAAAAUUUAGUGAUUUUGUAAAAGUAGUUGAAGUUGGAGCCAGGGACGGACUGCAGAAUGAGAAAAAUAUUGUGCCAACUGAGAUUAAAGUUGAUUUCAUUAAUAAAUUAUCAGAAACUGGAUUAAAGAGUAUAGAAGUAACCAGUUUUGUGUCUCCAAAAUGGAUUCCACAAAUGGCAGACAAUGUUCAUGUUUUUCAAAUGAUUAACAAGGUGCCUAAUAUUUCAUAUCCUGUAUUGGUGCCUAACAUAAAAGGCCUAGAAAGUGCUUUAAAAGCUGGUGUAAAAGAGAUAGCUGUUUUUAGUGCAGCAUCUGAAAGUUUUUCCAAAAAGAAUACUAAUUGUUCUAUCAAUGAUAGCAUAAAGAAUAUUGAAGGAGUUAUUGAAAAAGCUAAGAUACAUGAUAUUAAAGUUAGAGGCUACGUAUCUUGCAUUGCUGGCUGCCCCUACGAGGGUGAAACCAAAGCAUCAAUGGUAGCUAAUAUAUCCGAAUUGAUGUUACAACUUGGAUGCUAUGAAAUUUCUUUAGGGGAUACAAUUGGCGUAGGAACUCCUGUGAAAAUAAAGGAAGUUCUGCACGAAUUAAAACACAUAUCAGAUAGCAUGAAUAAAUUUGCUCUUCACUGCCAUGAUACUUAUGGCCAGGCUCUGGUAAAUAUUUAUACUGGCCUUGAAUAUGGUAUAAGGAUAUUUGAUUCAUCGGUUGCUGGAUUGGGAGGGUGUCCAUAUGCAGCUGGUGCUUCUGGAAAUAUUGCUACUGAAGACUUGCUUUAUCUUCUCCAUGGGCAAGGGAUGGAAACGGGAGUAAACCUCGAUAAAAUAGUAAAAAUCGGGAAUUUUAUUAGUAAUCACCUCGAAAGGAAAAAUCAAUCAAAGGCAGGUGUUGCGAUUCUUGCGAAAGAACAAGCGAAAACACGUGUAUAAUUGUAUAUUUGAAAAAGAUAUUAGUUUAAUGUUUUAAUAAAAUUUUAUUUUUUUAUAUCUCGUAAUUACCAGAUGAAAAGCGUGAAAUUUUAUUACAUGUUUGCAAUAAAUAGUUUCCAAUUUUAUAAUUAUUAAAUUAUAAUGACUCGUUGUAUCUUGUGUACACGAAUUCAUAGAAAUGUAGCGUAAUGACAAAACAUAUUACGUCGUGACAUUUCGCAAUUCGAUAAACUACAUUCCUUGAAAUAUUAAGGAAUACAUGUAAAGCCGACUGUAUUAGAAAAGA